CUCUUCUCCAACACAUCUCAUCGGACAAAUAUGCCCGGAACACAGCUUGUCAGCCCCUGCGCGGACUGCGGUGAUGCAGAAUCUGUUUUGGCAGUGCGAAAUCGACGCUGUUUAUGUGGGGACUGUUUCUGUCGAUAUGUCCAAGGGAAGGUUGAAAGGCGUGUGAUGGACAAGUAUCGCCGUCAAGGCAGCGAUACGCCUCACAGGCUACUUCUUCCCCUCUCCUAUGGCAUCUCUUCAUCUGUUUUGUUGCGUGUGCUCGAUGCGCAUCUCAAGCGCCAGCUCUCUAAAGCCCACGGUCGCGCGGCCUACGAACUUCAUGUGCUUGUUAUUGAGCCUUCUACUAUUUUGCCGUCAGCUUCGUCUUCCGCGGAAAAGUUUGAACUGGUCCAGAAGGCUUUCCCUAGGCAUUCAUAUACGCAGGUUCCAUUCCAUAGUAUUUUCGAGUACGAUCCUGAAAUCCGGAAAGCUAUGUUAGAAUUUGCCGGUCCGCAUCUCGUGGAUGAUCCUUCUUCGUCUGAUAGAGAACGCCUACAUGCGUUUCGGGCGUCGAUGUCGACAGCUACUUCUAAGACGGAUGUCGAUAACAUAUUAAUGGCCAGACUUAUCACUGCGUUUGCAAAGAAACUUAGCUGUCGUGCUGUGAUAUGGGGGGACUCCGACAGUCGUCUCGCAGCUAAGACCCUUGCUAAUGUCGCCAAGGGCCGCGGUCGUUCUUUGACAUGGCAGGUGUCUGAUGGGAUGUCUCCUUGGGGUGUGGAAUUCCUGUUUCCUCUGCGAGACUUGUUCAGGGCUGAGCUGCAGGACUAUGCCAAGCUCGUCCCGGAACUGAAGAAUAUCAUUAUACCCGACAUACCGCUGUCGGAUAACAUUCUGACAAGGAACUUAUCUAUUGAUGAGUUGAUGACACGUUACGUCGACACUCAAGGCGAGAAAUAUCCUGGCGUAAUGGCAAACGUGACGAGAAUGGUCACCAAGCUCGAUUCAGCUCCAGUAUCUACCGAUCCCUAUUGCCCGUUUUGUGGGACCUUUACCGGGAAACUUGAUGAGGAAUCUAGUAGUCCUCUAGACGCCGAUACUCUGAGAGAUGGCCAGUUCUCCCAGUUCUGUUACGGUUGCGCGAGAUCCCGAUCGGAACCAGUUAACUGACCGAGAGCCGAGUUUCAACAUGGUAUAAAAUUAAUACGCAUCUCCUCGAAUAGUAAUAAAGCAAACAUGGGAAACCAAGAAAUCUCGAAAACACUCAAGAUAUCCCCUUCCCUCCAAAAAAAAAAAAAAAAACCUACAUACGAGAUAUAUAUGGGAAGUUGAUAUUUAUGGCACUCUACCGGCGUCCAUGUCUUGCAUCUUCCACUCAAUAUCCAGAUCCAAACCAGCCCCUCGCGGCUUUUUCUGUGGACGCACUGCGGCUUCCGGUCUCGAUGGAUCUCAAACAUCACUUCUACCGUCUAAGACCUUCUGUUUCCAGGUGAUGCCUGUUUCCUGUGGCCUACAGGUGAAUUAUCUAUAAUUCCGAGUUCUUGCCUGUCAUGCCUGUCGUUCCUGUCGAAUUCCUCUCCGAGGCUCAUAUCAAUUAUCUGUCCUUGCUCGGUACCUCGGCCCGCAAGUGCCUUAGCUCCCUUCUGUCGCAGAUGCUCCUCAAGAAGGAUAGCAUUUCUCGUGUUGCAUUUGUAUAUAGCAUCUGCAAGGUCUCCUACAAAUGGGACAAGGCCGAUGAGGAAGUCAAUGGCGAUAUUCAGAGCCAUCCUAAAUCGGAGCGAGGGUGGGAGGCCACCAUCAAUCUCCUCACAAGUUCCAAGAACGAGCAAUGCAAGCAAUGUAUCAGCACCAUCCCCGAUACUGGAAGGAUUGUAACGCGCCGUCAGUUUCGCGAAGUAUUCGACUCGGCACCGCCACUUACAAAGGUAUCAAGGCAAUCACACUACCCCAGCCGAAUCUUAUUCCGCACAAAUUGAAAAGGCUGUAGUCCAGCCUGUAUGCCCUCCGUUUGACCUUGGUGAGGACUUUGGCAUCAUUGUCCGACAACCCAGGCGGGACGGCUUUCUGUUGUUUUUUGGUCUUUUUACCGAAUGCGCGAUACAGACGCGAAGCGGGGACUUCCUCGAAAUAGGGAUCCUACGGUAGUAGGCAUCGCGUUAGCAAGGUUUGAAGACAUACCAGAGCGAAUAUCACCCUGCAAUGGCGGUAGAAGCUUCGCAUCAGACUCACCUCUUGCCCAAAUCUAUUAUUGCCAGUCUCUGCCAAAAUCUUCUUGCCCACCAAUCCUGUGAGCCAACCUGACAUGUUUCUUUACGGUUAAGUGAUACGAACAGGAAUAAGCAUAAAAAUAAGGAUACUGGAUAUAUGGAGCAAUAUAAGCAAGGAAAAUAGGGAUUGAAUUUGUAGAGGAUAGCAUAGGCAGAGAAACAAAAACAUUACUAUCAGGGGGGAUCCAUGACAAUUAUUAUCGAAAACAGGCCCAUGACGUACAGGCAGCUUUGUUACGCUGGCCCAAACCACACAUCAGAUAGUUUCGACCGUGCCACGGUUGCAGCUGGACCCAUCCAUUGUUGGACAGCUGAAGACGGGACGAUCGUGCUCGUGUUUUGAAUGCGAGA